AUGGAAGUUCUUGUCCUAUCCCUCUCUUUGGCUCUUGUUUUUCUCCCUCUUGUUCUUACCAUCUUUGCUUUCCGACGCCGGCCUGAAGCCGACAUCAAGCUGCCUCCGGGAAGCUUCGGAUUGCCUAUUUUGGGCGAAACCCUUGAGUUCCUGUUUGGCAAGCCAGAAAAUUUUGUGGGUGAAAGGAUGAAAAAGUAUUCCCCUGAUAUCUUUAAGACCAACAUACUUGGAGAGAAAACAGCUGUGAUAUGUGGCCCCAAUGGCCACAAGUUUUUGUUUGCCAAUGAGCAAAAACUCUUCACUGCUUUCCGUCCACAUCCCAUGCAAAGGCUCUUUCGUUCAUACCAAACAAAACCUUCUGCUCAGCCUGCUCCGGCUCCGGCUCCAACUCCGGCCCCGAAUCCUCCAACCAGUGACGAGACGAAGGUAAUAAGGCAACCUGGGUUCCUAAAGCCCGAAGCCUUGAUGAGGUUUUUGGGGAAAAUGGACUCCAUGACACAGGAACAGUUGGAAAUUCACUGGGAAGGAAAAGAUGAAGUUUUGGCCUUUCCUCUAUCAAAAAUCAUAACUUUGACGCUUUCUUGUCGAUUCUUUCUGGGCAUUGACAAUCCAGAGAGAAUUGCUAGGCUUGUGGAGCAUUUCGAUAAUGUUACUUUGGGUAUGCAUUCCAUUAUUUUGAACUUCCCUGGUACUACAUAUUAUAGAGCACAAAAAGCUGCUGAUGCAAUUAGAAAGGAGCUUAUAGCUGUGAUCAAGGAGAAAAAAGCUGCAAUGGGAAAAGGAACACCGAUGCAAGAUGUGAUGUCUCAUAUGAUUGUUGUCACUGACCCAACCGGAAGAUUUAUGCCGGAGGCGGAGAUCGCGGAUAAGAUGAUGGGUUUGGUAGUUGCGGGGUACAGCACAGUCGCCACGACCAUAACUUUCCUCAUGAAGUACGUUGGAGAGAGACCACACAUCUACAAUAAGAUCCGAGCGGAGCAAAUGGAGAUUGCAGCCUCAAAAAAACCUGGGGAAUUAUUAGAGGACGUCCUAACUGACUUCACCUAUGCUGGAUACACCAUUCCAAAAGGGUGGAAGGUUUAUUGGACAGUGAGUUCAACCAGCACGAACCCUGACUAUUUUAAAGACCCAGAGAAAUUCGACCCUUCAAGGUAUGAAGCUGGUGGACCUCCCCCUUAUACGUAUGUUCCAUUUGGAGGUGGACCUAGAUUGUGCCCGGGAAAAGAGUAUGCUCGGUUAGCUAUACUGACAUUCGUCCACAAUGUUGUGAAAAAGUAUAAAUGGGAGGUACUGAUUCCCAAUGAGAAGGUUAUCGGUGAUAUGAUGCCAACUCCAGAAAAAGGUCUUCCAGUUCGCCUGCAUCAUCACUAG